GGGGGUGAUUUAUUAAAUUAUAGCAGGCUAUUGGUCCUAGUUUGCUCCAUGAGUUGCCCGUAUCCCCUGCAGCCUGACAAGACCCUUUCUGCCCGUUCAAUGUAGUUGAUUUCGAUUUUUUUUUACAUUACUUACGCACCUUUAGGGCAAUACACUGCGGCGCUGACCUUAAAAAUAAGGUCCAGCACACGUUCAUGUCACAUAAAUGCAUCAUUAUAUUCAAGUGUGAGUUUAGCGUUGCUGCUUAUGGACUGCUGGAUAUGUAUAGAACAGAGAGCCCAGGUGGUUUUAGAAAACUGGACUGCAGUUUCAAAACACGUUAAUAACAGCGCACCCAAGGGCAGUAUACUUAAGCUCUAUUAUCUAGUACACGAAAUAUUGAUAACGUUACUUUUAGAAGUAAUAUCCAUGUGGUUAUUUGUCAAUUGAGCCACAGUGCCUCCACUUUGAAGCGAGUGAGCCGAAACGUCAAUAGAAGGUAUAAGAGUCUUUAAAAUCACCAGACAAAUAUAGCAUGGCCCAUACACUCGACCGUUCCAUUUCGAUGUACUAAUUAACACAGUUGUAUGUGUCUUUACACUAAACAUUCAAAUAUUUUUAUGAAAUUAUUAGUUUGGUCGAAAAGAAAUAUUUGUUUUUUCAGUGGUCUGUUUUUCGUCGAUUGUUUCGUCUUUAUGGUUUGUUCACCUUUUACACGACUCAAAAGCGCCCUUCUUUCGUUACAGACCUGUUGUAAUUCUGUUACUUGAUAAAAAGAUCUUGCUUGUGAUAAAAAAAAAUUUAGGAGUUUUUGUGCUUUGUAUAAUGGUUGAAAGUAGUUCACUAAGUUUCAAGAUGACAUAUCCAGCUUCAAGAAUACACCUCAGCCAGGUCGUAAUAAAUAAGUUAAUAAUUUGUUAAAUGGUUAAGCAAAUGAGCUGCAAUGCACUGGAAAGUACGCUUUCCUAAAUGUCGGCCGGCACACGUAGCCACAACAAUGGAUCGUUGUAGGUGGCAGGAAACAAUGUUCCUAAGUUAAUAUGAAGUCAAGAAGGGAACGCAAGUCCUGAGAGAUCCGCUUAAGCCCAAAAAGUGUCAGGUUUAUACAAAAGACCGCAUAAUUUGCGUUUGAUAAGACUCGAAGGUCUUGCUGUGGAAAUGCUUAAGAGAAACACUACGGUUGGCAAGGAUCUGCGGAUAUAGCCUAGUUGAGUAUACGACAUUAUGCUGCACACAAAAUCCAAUGGAACAACACAAUCAUUUUUCUGCAGAACAAUGCCGAGCCAUAGAUGGCAAAAAGUCGGUAAGGACGUCCUGCAGAAGCUUGAGCGAAGCUUCUCCUAUAUCCACAAUAGACUUUGGACCUAGCAUUGAUGCGUCACUACCUUGCUCGGACCGAAGACGCAGAGGGUCGUCCAGCUGUGACAAUCAUGUGGCAUCUAUCAACUUCGUUCGCUGUUCCAACUUCAACGUUCAUGCCUGUGAAUCAGAGAGAGUGUAUGCAUAUCAGUAACAGUGAGGCUUCUUCCGGUGAUCAAGAUGAUCAAGAGGAUACUCUUGAAAUUAAACCUCCACAAAGACCGCAACGUGAACGAGAUGGACGCGGCGAUCGAACUUCAAACGAUUGGGAGCGAAGAGAUUCUCAUAAGGACACGGGUAGUGGUUCCUUAAGGGGACAAGACCGUCGACAUCGCACUGACAAACAUCACAAGGCUAGACAUAGAGAGCGAGAACGCGAUAGCUCAUAUAGAGAUUACGACAGGUCUCGUGAUGAUGGGCAGCGUGGCUCGCGAGAAUCUACUCACCACUCUUCGCGCGACCGGCGAGAUCGGCGAUCAGACCGAGACGAUGAAAGGGAUCGUGACCGGGAGCGCGAACGCGAUCGGGAUAGGAGCGUGAAAGAUGCAAGGGAAAAACUCAACCGAAAUCGGUUGGAAAAACAACAGCAACAGCAGCAGCAGCAGCAGCAGCAUCAGUCGGGAGGCGGUCAUUCAUCAGGAGACGAAGAGUUACAACGUAGACGCGAACGACUUUUGGCUGCAUUAAACGAACGAGAACGAAAAACCAACAACGAAGACCUUUUCCGAGAGAGUCGUGAUCGCGAGAGGAGUCCUCAAGAGCGCCCAGCAAGAACAAGACAACCUCAUCCUCACGCGCAUCCGGACGAAGACGACGACGACGACGAUGAUGAUGAUGACCUUGAUCUGCAUAAGACGGCGCAGUCAACAGCCAAAAGGCUGUCUCCGUCUAGAGAUAAAAGCAUUGGAACUAGUGCGAUAUCUCGAUCUAGGUUAAAGGAUGCUGGCAAUAGAGCCAGUACCGGUAGCGAGCGGUCAGACGCAUCUGGCUCGGGAUUAGACGAAAGUAGCACAGCAGGCGAAUCCGGAGGUGGGGCAACAGAUGAUGAGCGUGAUCUGAGCAAAGGAGAUAAAGCAAAUAAGGAAAAGGAUUUAGCCGGUAUCAGUAUAAAGGAUUCUAGGCGAGAAGGGCCAAGCGGAAGUGGCGAUAAUGGGGGUGGUCCUCAGCCAAUGGAUGUUGAUGAUGGAGAUGAUGAACCGAGGCCACCAGUUGCUCAAAGAGCGGAGCAGAAAGACAUCCGUGAGGAAGAUGAAUUUCUUGAGAACCGCGGAGCUGAAACUGAGAGGGACCACGUUCGAGAUGACGACUCACAAGAUGGACCUCUUGAUGGCGAGACCGACCCUAUAGAAGAGCUAAUUGAUUACUUCCCAGCUAUGCAAGGCUGCCGACGCGUGGAAGAGUUUCACUGCCUCAACAGAAUCGAGGAGGGCACUUAUGGGGUGGUGUACCGUGCCAAAGACAAGCAAACAGACGAGAUUGUGGCCCUUAAGCGGCUGAAAAUGGAAAAGGAGAAAGAAGGAUUUCCAAUAACAUCUUUGAGAGAAAUUAACACCCUACUAAAAGCUCAGCACCCAAACAUAGUUACAGUGCGGGAAAUUGUGGUUGGAAGCAACAUGGAUAAAAUUUAUAUUGUGAUGGACUAUGUCGAGCAUGAUCUUAAAAGCCUCAUGGACACCAUGAAGUCGCCUUUCCUUGUAGGCGAGGUUAAAACCCUUAUGAGGCAGCUACUGAAGGCGGUAGCCCAUAUGCACGAUAACUGGAUUUUACAUAGGGACCUCAAAACGUCCAACCUGCUCCUAAGUCACAAAGGCGUUCUUAAAGUGGGUGAUUUUGGUUUAGCACGCGAAUAUGGAUCUCCACUGAAACAUUAUACGCCUGUUGUUGUUACGUUGUGGUACCGUGCUCCCGAGUUACUUCUUGGCUCCAAGGAGUAUUCUUGUCCAAUCGAUGUGUGGAGUGUCGGUUGCAUUUUUGGCGAGCUCCUUACACUCAAGCCCAUGUUCCAAGGAAAAAGUGAAGUUGACCAAUUAAACCGUAUCUUUAAGGAACUUGGAACUCCCUCAGAGAAAAUUUGGCCAGGCUUCAACGAUCUUCCAAUGGUGAAGCGGCUCUCGUUUGAUCAACAGCCGUAUAAUCUUUUGCGUAAAAAAAUUCCUGAGACUCUUCUGUCAAUGGCUGGAUUCAACUUAUUGAACGCCCUUUUGACGUACUGCCCUGGUAAACGAAUAAACGCAGAGGAUGCGCUUCGUCAUGAAUGGUUUACAGAAAAGCCCGACCCUGUCGAACCAGAUAUGUUCCCCACAUGGCCUGCAAAAUCAGAAGGCGCCACUGCUACCGCCCGAAGAGUUCAGUCCCCUAAACCGCCCUCUGGUGGGCAGCAGGCGAAAAAUCUUCUCGAUGAUGAUUUUGGUUUCCGGAUGACCUCGACAAACAGGGGAGUUUCGUCCAAAGGAACUGGCUUCUCGCUCAGAUUCUAAACCCAUAAUGUAUUAUUAGUAGAUGCGAUCAGCUCCUAUGUCAAUAAACUGGCCUCUAUUUAGCCUGGA